AUGACAGACAACAACAAUAUGUGGUAUCAUAGGGUUGUUCAACGAUUAGGUUUAAUGAAACCUGAAGAUGGACCAACCAUUAGAAUAGUAUAUGCUAAUGAUGCAGAGCGUAAUAUAGAGUAUCCAACCAAUGUCAUUAGUAAUACAAAGUAUACUCUUGUUACUUUUAUACCAAAGAAUCUUUAUGAACAAUUUGGUAGAUCAACAAGGAAUGACUCAAUAUUGAUACAAUACCUUUUUAUUCGAUUAUUCGAUACAUUUAGACGAGCGAUGAACAUCUACUUUUUAUUUAUAGGUAUACUACAACUAUUCCCAAGUAUUACACCGGUUAAUCCAGUGUCAACAUGGGGAGCAUUGGUUUUCAUCUUUACAGUAUCUGCCAUCAAAGAAGGUUACGAUGACUUUAACAGAUACAAAAGAGACAAAUUGGCAAACGAACGACAGUUUUGGGUGCUGCGUAAUAAUGCACGUGUACAAAUACAAUCACAACAUAUUAGUGUUGGAGAUAUAAUCUGUCUACAAAACAACGAUGAAAUACCUUGUGAUAUGGUUGUACUUGCUACAAGUGAUCCCGAAGGAACUUGUUAUGUUCAAACAGCCAAUUUAGAUGGCGAAACUGAUUUAAAGACAAGAUUAGCACCAAAGGAAACAAUGGGAAUGAGUGAACAAGAAUUACAUAAAUUUAAAGGUGUGAUUGAAUGUCCAAGUCCAAAUGCCGAGAUUUAUAAAUUUGAUUCACGUCUAUCGAUGCAAGCCAACACCAAAGUCAACACGUACACACAUUCUAAUUGGAUUACUCUGUCUGCUCAAAACAUAUUGUUGCAGGCUACGAAUGUUAGAAACGUCGAUCAUCUCUAUGGAAUGGCCGUCUACACGGGCAAUGAAACAAAGAUUGGCAAAAACAAAAAGAUACCACCCACUAAAUGGACCAAACUCGACCACUCAAUCAACAGAAUCACCGUCUUUAUAUUUUGUCUCCAAUUGUCAUUGGUUCUCAUCUUUGGUAUGAUUGGUGAAUUCAUUCGUAGUUCUGAAAAAGAGUCGGUCUGGUAUUUGGGUUAUACUCCAGAUUACAAAGACCCAUGGUAUGAAUUUAUCAUUAUUCCUCUUCGUUUUCUUUUAUUAAAUUCUCUUAUGAUUCCAAUUUCAUUAAAAGUAACAAUUGAUGUUAUUAAAUAUGCCUAUGCAUUAUUUAUUAAUUGGGAUCUUAAAAUGUAUUAUAAACAAUCAAAUGCACCUGCAGUUGCCAAUAGCACAGCGCUUAGUGAAGAUUUGGGACAAAUAGAAUAUGUCUUUACCGACAAGACUGGCACACUAACUGAAAACAUCAUGUUGUUUUCAAGAUGUUCAAUCGAUGGACAAGUCUAUGGUGUCGAAGGUUCAAUAUUCGAGGAUCAAUCACUAUUGGAGCAAAUCAAUUCAAAUGAUCAUCAUUCUGUAAACUUUUUCAGAGCCAUUUCACUUUGUCAUUCUGUCAUUCCUUCAAGAUCUCCGGAGGAUAAUUCAAUAUUUUAUAAAGCAUCAUCACCAGAUGAAGAAGCAUUGGUAACAGCAGCAUCAAAAUUGGGUAUACAAUUUACAAACAAGACACCAUCGGCACUAACCAUUCAAGUCAAUGAUACUAUAGAACAUUACCAACUACUUCAUACCUUUGAUUUCACAUCUGAUAGAAAGAGAAUGAGUGUCAUUGUUAAACACAAUGCAACCAAUCAAAUUAAAAUCAUUACAAAAGGUGCUGAUGAUAUGGUUUUUAAAAGAUUACAUAAAAAUAAUGAUAUAAAAUUACAAAUUAAACAUAUUGAUGAAUUUGCAAUGAUUGGUUUAAGAACACUUUGUAUUGCAGAAAGAGUAUUGGAUGAGAAUGUAUACAAUAGUUGGUUAGAGAAUCAUUUCAAGGAAGCAAGUUGUUCGUUAGAGAAUAGACAGGAAAGAUUGGCAGAGGCAUAUGAAUUGUUGGAAUGUAAUUUGGAUUUAUUGGGUGUCACUGCUAUUGAAGAUAAACUACAAGAAGGAGUACCAGAAACAAUACAUAAUCUUAGACAAGCUUCCAUCAAGGUAUGGAUGUUGACUGGUGACAAGUACUCUACUGCCAUUCAAAUUGCACAUUCCUGUAAUCUUGUUGAACGUGGAUGUCGUAUCUAUACUAUUGGUAAAGAGAUUCCAAGAGACGAUCAUGAAGACGACUAUUCAACAGGUGUAACUAGAGAAUUGUCUGCACUAGAGAUUGUUUCAUCGAUUCGUGAUAUUCAAGAUCAUAUUCUCACUAAUGGUGGAAACUAUGAUCUCGACAAUCAAAGUAGUAGCAAUAAUAUUGGAAACUCUAAUAGCAAUAGUAUUAGCAACAGAGAUGUCUCUAUAGCUGUCGAAGGACAUGUCUUGACAACUGUCCUCAAAUUUGCAGAAAGUGAAUUCCUUCAACUCUCUGGUCUAGUGUCAUCGGUCAUUUGCUGUCGUGUUACACCCAAUCAAAAGGCUUUGGUUGUUAGAAUGGUCAAAAAUACAAACAAGAUUUGUUUGGCUAUUGGUGAUGGUGGUAAUGAUGUAUCAAUGAUUCAAGAAGCAAAUGUUGGUGUUGGUAUUGGUGGUAGAGAAGGUUUACAAGCUGCUCGUGCUUCAGAUUAUAGUAUUGCUAGAUUUAAAUAUUUACAAGAUUUAUUAUUUAUUCAUGGAAGAUAUUCAUAUCUUAGAACAUCAUUUGUAGCCAAUUAUUGUUUCUACAAAUCAUUAUUUAUUUGUUUUAUUCAAAUCCUAUAUCAAAUAUUUAGUGGGUUUGCAGGAACCACCUUUUUCAACUCGUUUUCACUCACCUCUUACAAUAUUCUAUUUACUGGAUUGCCAAUCAUUGGAUACAUUCUAGAUCGUGAUCUUCCCCAAUCCAUCCUCAAACGUAAUCCAUAUCUAUACACAUUUACACAAGAAGGAAAGGCAUUUUCACCAAAAAUAUUCCUCAGAUGGUCAUUUAGAUCAUUGUAUCAUGCAUUGAUUGUAUUCUGUGCUACUGCUGCACCAUUUAUUUAUAAUACUGGUGGUACUGAUAUAGAUUAUGAUUCAAUUUCAAUGAUUUCAUUUACCGCUAUUAUCUUUAUUCAAUCACUUACAUUAUUUAUUGAAUCAAAUACAAUAACAUGGAUAAAUCAUGCAUUAAUUUGGGGAACUAUACCAAUUUAUAUUUUAUGUGUACUUGUUUUGAAUAGUAUAUCAACAUUGGAUAUGUACUCUGUGAUGACUCAUCUAACUGAUAGAUCUUCAUUUUGGGGAUCAUUCUUUUUGAUGAUUUGUGUCUGCUUGGUACCAAUCAUUUCAAUUGAAUAUCUACUCCAACUAUACAAACCAACGGUCGAUGAAAUCAUCAAUCAAAUCAGAUCGGAUAAUCAUCGUGGUGGAUUUGGAGGAUUUUUCAAUUGCACUCAAUCAACAACAUCUCUCAAUGACGGUGAUUAUUCACCACCAUCCUCUUCAACUUCACAUCACCUGUUUUCAUCCAACAUUGCUAACAAUAACAAUAACAAUAACAACAAUGAUAUCAGUUAUCACAGUGGUAAUGGUAACCAUCAUAUGAUUAGAAAUUCAAGUAUGGUGGUUCCAGAGGAACACCAUAAUCAGAGAUCCAAAAUUAUCACAUUUCUUUUAUACAGAAGUUUGACAACUCCACUUGCAAAGAGAUUGUCAAGACGAAAGAUUCGUGGUAACAAGGAAGUCAUUGAAUUAAUAGUCAAUACUUAUGAAGACACUUAUGAUGAUGAUCACAAUCAAUCAUACUAUAAUUCCCAUCCAGAAACUCAAUCAUUAUUAAGAGAUGAAGAAGCUGUAGAAACUUCUCCAUUACUUUAA